GUGCGAUGUAGCAGAGUGCGUGUAUUGGCGCGCGGUCGACUAGCAGCGGAGCAGCGAAAUUAUAAAAGAACUCCGAAUUUUUAGAGUCUCCAUGCCAAUUGGGACUAUGGAAAGAAGCAACCUAGUCAGUGACCUCACCGGUGACUCCCGGGACUUCCAUUGUAAUAAUGUGCCUCGACCCUCAUAUACUCAGGCUGGCUUUGAUGAUGCAUACAAACAGCUGCCCGGAAAAAAGAUGGUUUUCGGUGAUGUCAUCAAGCGUGUGGGGGAGUCACAUUGCAGCAGCCGCCAUCUCAAGCAUUUGGUGCUCAAGCGAUUGCCAGUGCUACAGUGGCUGCGGACCUACCCCGUCAAGGAAUAUCUUCUUGCCGAUGUUGUGACUGGCUUCACCGUUGCUAUGUUUCACGUACCACAGAGUUUGGGCUAUGCCCUGCUUGCCGCUGUACCACCUGUUUGUGCCUUGUACAAUGCCAUGUUUCCCAUGAUGAUUUACUUCAUUCUUGGCACCGCUAGGCAGGCGUCAGUUGGUGCCGACGCUGUUACGUCAAUGAUGACUGGAACCAUUGUCCGUGAGCUCACUUCUGGAGGCACGAGCCAGGAUGGGCUGAACCCAAACUCAACGCAUCCUGUGCCAUACACUGUGGCGGAGGUCACCUCUGCACUCUGCUUGACUAUUGGCAUCAUACAAUUGGUGUUCAGCUUCCUGAGCCUUGGUGCACUCAACGUGUUCCUGUCGGAGCAGAUGAUCAACGGCUUUGCGACCGGUGUUGCCAUCCAGGUGGUGGUCAGUCAGCUGGGAUCACUAUUUGGAAACAGGGUGCCCCACAUGAGCGGAAUGUUCACCAUUUACAAAACAAUCUACGCUUUUUUCGAGCGCAUCGAUGAUGUCGCAUGGCAGACGGCAUUGGUGGCCUUUGUCGCUGUCACGAUAAUCAUGGCUGUCAAGAUUUUCCUCGAUCCCUCUGUGCUCAAGAAACUGGGUAUUCCCCUUCCCAUUGAGCUGGUUGUUGUGGUGUUGUUCACACUGGCAUCUCACUACCUCAACAUGAAAGAAAACCAUGGUAUUGCAGUUGUUGGAACGGUCCCACAAAUGUUGCCGGAGCCCUCACUUCCAAGCUUCAACACGUCGUUGAUAGCUGCCAUCCUGCCACAAUCGUUUGUCAUGGCUGUCGUCAGCUUUGCCAUCACGCUCUCAUUGGGGAGGAUAUUUGGCCUGAAACAUGGCUAUACUGUCGAUGCCAACCAGGAGUUCCUCGCCCUCGGAGCCAGCCACGUGUUCUCCUCCUUUUUCUCCUGCUUUCCUCUCGCUGCGUCCGUGCCCCGCAGCGCUGUCCAAGAGGGCGCCGGUGGCAAGACUCAGAUUGUCAGCGUUGUGAAUAUCAUCAUCAUAAUUUUUAUGAUUCUUUUCUUGGGACAUUACUUGGAAGAACUUCCCAUAUGUGUCCUGGCUGCGAUCAUUGUGACAUCAUUGAAGAGCAUCGUGAUGCAGGUUCGAAACUUCAAACGGUACUGGAACAUUUCAAAAAUUGAUGGACAAGUGUGGUUAGUGUCGUUCUGUGCAACAGUCGUCUUUGACAUCAUCACCGGCUUGGUGUUUGGCAUCAUCUUUUCCUUGCUCACGCUCAUCUACAAGAUCCAACGCCCAAAGGCGUUCCUGCUUGGCCCUGUAGCUGACACUGAAUUCUUUGUGCCCAUCAAGAAGUACCAAAUGGUUGCUGAAAUCCCCAUGAUCAAGAUUUUCCACUUUGGUGGACCGGUUCACUUUGCCAACACCGAGUACUUCAGAGGCCAGCUCAACAAGAAAGUUGGUUUCACUGUCAGGGAUGUGUUGAAAGCCCAGAAAGAAGCUCUUAGAUCUUCAGUGUGCAACCUUGGGAAUGUUACCAAGGACGUGCCAGUAAUGAGUAGUGAGUCAAAGAUAUCUUUUGACCACAGUGCAGCAGCUGAUGGGAGUUCGCUUAGGUCCAUUGGCAAUGUGAGUGACACUUUAACCGUGCCUUCUCACAUCAUCUUGGACUUCUCACGUGUCUCUUUUGUGGAUGGCACAAGCAUUGGUUUGCUCAAGCAGCUGAAAGCUGAGUAUGACUCCGUCAAUGUGAAAUUGUUCAUUGCUGCUUGUUCAAAUUCAGUUUUUAACCUGCUGCGCCGGGCAGAAGCCAUUGACGUUUUUGGCUCGGAUGCGUUCUUCCCGACAGUGUUUGAUGCUGUUUGUGCGUCUCAGCAGCAGAACAAGUUAAAGUUGGCUGGCACUGUUCCACAACCUUUAAGUUCUGGCGAGUAAGAACCUCAACGAUACGAAAACUGAAGUUCCUAGGAAGCUGCCAAGCAUGACUCAUUCAUGCAAGGAAUUAUCGUCCACCGAAAUACCUGUUCCAAAGAGGCCAACUUCUGUAAACAGCCUGCAAGCACAAGCAAGAAAUAAGAAGUGCAGAAAGCAUCGCAACGUGUAAGGCGAUACAAAAACCAACACAGAAGAUGCCGGUGCACUGCUCGUAACUAAUUUAUUUGCCAUAGAAUGUGUACUCCUUCAUACAAAACUAAUGGAAUCACCCGCAUGUUAUAGCUUUAUUUUUGCAUUAGUCAGCAAUGACAUGAUUGUUCCUAGAAGAGAUGUUCCUUAGCCGUCGCUCUACACACUAAUGAAAUACUGAGAAAAAUAUUUGUGUCUCAUUUUUAUUUCUCUGUGAGACAGCUGUUUACCUAAUGUAAUUACAGAGCCUCAAUUCCUUGAGAGCAGGAGAAAUCAUGAAUGACGUAACCUUUUCAUGGCAGUGAAUUCAAAUGCAGUACAGCUUUGGUCAUGGAAGAAGGAGGCAAAACUUCGCUUGAUGGUCUUGAGGUACCAGACACCACUGAUGUGUAUGUCAGUCCUGAUGGAUUGAAACGCGACUUCAGUACUUUUAGUAUAAUGGCAAAUAUGCGCAAUUGCUUGAGAUAACCGUGUCAUGUUGUGACGAAUCUGGCCACUUAAUAAGCUAUUGUUGGCUCUGUUUAAGUGUUCUAGUUGAAAUUUGGCCGAUAUGACAUGAACUGAAAGUGGUGGAAAGAAAAGUACAAGUACAAUACUGGAACUCUUCACUACUGAGAAAGACGUCCAGCGAUGUGAGAAACGCUACCCAUUUUUUUAGCGCAUGUUGUACGUAACAAUUGGAAGUGACGAGAGCCUCAUUUUCUUUGACAUCAUUUCUCUGUCCAUGAGUGUGCCUGUAUGUGCCCUUCACUGCCUCCGUUGCUCGAACAGCCCUGGAGAAAGAUGAGGAACUGAUUUUUUUCGCGUUUCUGUCCCAGUUUUCACAAAGUGUAUAUUGCGUCACAAUCAAGCAUAGCUAACCAGAAUGAGCACCAACUUGUCCAAGAAGAAGUCGUUUUGGAACACCGCGUGACGACUCUUCAGACCUGUGGCCGUAUACACUGCACAUGGAUGAACUACUGUCAAGAACUGGUACUAGAAUUCGGGCUCCCUUAGAGCUGCGCUACAUACUGCCACAAGCUUCUCACUCAGUUCCGUUUUGGCAACUGAGCGAAAAAUGAAGCUCGUAGGGGAGAGGGACCAAUGCACCAGUGUGGAGAUGGCAGACGAGUUUUUGGUUGCACAGCUCAGCAUAAUGUUUUGUUCCCGGGAUACUUUCAGCCUGGACUGAUUCUUCGUUUGGGAACUAGGCAUGGGUUAGUGGCGCAAAUGUUAUCGAGCUGCGAUAGCUGGUGACAUUGUUUCGAGCGACUGUCCAUUGCUCAGAGUGGAGCAUUGCAAGGCUUUCUACGUGAAUAUGCGUGCUGUUCAAGCCAAGACUGCUAGCAAAGGAGCAACUGGACUAAAUGACUUUUGGUCAGUAAUGAAUGUGUCAUACAGGGGCUUGCACCACAAAACAUUUCAAAAACACCUAAAAUCAAAAUUCAGGUCUUCUUGCGAAAUGGCAACAGCAAGGGUUUUUGCUGAUGCUUGGGCAGCUGUCUGUAACAUUUACAGCAAAAUGGAGUCAACAUCUACAAAAAAAAACUGUAACAGUAGUCUACAAUAGGACAUGGGUGACACGGGCUCGAGCAUCUUACAUUGGUGUAGACAUAGUAAGUUUGUUUGUUUGUUUGUUUGUUUGUUUAUUAAUACUGUCAACCCCAAGAGGGGGUUUUUACAGGAGUGGGAACAAAUACAGUUUUGCAAGAGAGCAUACAAUGUUGUGCUGCAAUUCGAGCGAAAGAAAAAUGACCAAGAAAUAAUUACAAAGCGAAGAUAUAAAGUGAACACAGUGAGUUCUACGCCGGGUUUGUGCUUGACUGUGUUGUUUGUUGCAACAGAAGCCAUAGAUAUAGGUAGAAAGAGAAUAAUGAAGGCUGUAUGGAUUGGAAAGAGGCCCAUGUUUGUCAAAAAACACCACCAUUGUUAAUUCAAGCAACAUUCACAUCACCUCAAGAUACGUAUCCGCAUCACGAAUUCUGCCCAUCUGGACCCCUGGGCUGGUGCAGGUACUGUGCUGAAAAGCUUAACGUUCUACCGCUGUACAAGUAUAGACUGGCAACACAUGUUGCCACUGCGUUACUGCAAGUCUACCAACGCCUGUCUGACCCUCAGCGGCUCGGCUGCCGCCAAGGCAAGAAAAUAAAAAAUGCUGCCGUGAGUCUUCAUUUGCCACUUUGGUUGAUUCUCUGGACAGAGCAAAACACUUCACUGAUUGCUGCUGAAGCAGCUGUCAACUGGCAGUCUGCAAGUACAAUGCUGGAACUCUCCAUGCAUAUAGAGCAUCUUGUGUAUCACUUGUCUUGAAGCCUGGAAAGAUUUCCAUUCAGAGAGCUGCAGAGAGGGAUGCCAUGCACAAAAAAGGCAACAAAAGCACACCAGAGCAAGCAUCAAAUGUCCAAGAGACCACACACCACUAAGGACACCAUAAACUAUAAUCCAGGUGCAUUCUAGAUGAGUGGAGGCAAGGUGAAAUUUUUAGAGCCGUUUCCUCAGAAGUGUCUUAUUGCCUGCCUGGUGAGCCUGCGUAGCCAAUUUCUUUGUAAAAAUUUGACCUGUUCUUACUCUGUUUCUUUUGUCAUUUUCCUUAGGCUACAAUGCAUGUCAUGGCAUUCCUGUUUUCUUGGUUUCUCUCUAAUUUCAUAGCGUGACUAUUCAUUCGCCCCAAGAGUGUGCCCGAUAUGAAGGUAGCAUAAAAGAUCACAAUGCAAGAAUUUUGUGUUGUAAAAAAAAUAAAGCAGGAAUACCAUGAUAUCUGGUGUGCAUUUAGCUGUGCAGGAAAUAUUCAGCUAGCCUUUUAGUGCAUUUUUGAAAACUCCACAGGCAUUGUGCAAACUGCAAAGAAAUGCAAAAAGUAAAACUUUAAUUGAAUAAAAAAAUUCUGGGGAUAGCACUAUGAAACUUUUAUGGAAGCAUUAGAGAGACAUUCUGAAUAUUUGUGCCAUUCUUCAUCAACAUCUGUUAGGUUAUAAAAACAUUUAAGAAGAAUCUUUUUGACAGCACCCUGUUGGAUUCAUUAGAUUUACUUAUCACAUGGAUUCAUAUCUCAUAUAAGGUGUCAACACUCGGAGUCCCAUGUGCACAGAUCUGAAAUGCAUCUACGUGUUUGCGUGAGUGGUGAAAACAAGUCAAGAUACUUGUAAUUUUUAUCAGCCGUAAUGCUGAUAAGAACUUUCGGAGCAGCAAUCCUCCAUUGGUGCUUUGAAACGUGCGGACUUGACUGUGCACCUGUUGCACCGAAUUGACUACCAGCAAUGCAACGCUCGGCAAUAAUACUGGUUCUUUAGUGCUGAAUAUUGAGGUUUGAACUCCGCUGUGUGCAUAUACUCGUGUUUAUGAGGGUUGUUCAUGUUUCUUGCUCUUAAUCCAGUAAUGUUGAAUAGAUAAUAUCUUCGCUCGCAAAGUAAAUAUCUCCUCGAAAGUGUCAAUAUGGAGUGAAAUCUUCCACAGCACUGCAGCUAGAGUAUGAAUUGGAAUAUGAAUAGGGAUGCAGCCCACCUUGGACAAUUUCGCCAUCGGCUCGCUCUGCUGAAUAAAGUUUAUUCCUCCUCCUCGGAGGAGGAGGAAUAAACUCCUCCGAAAAGUUUUGUCUUGUGUCAUCAAAUGGCACAGAUACAUACAGCAGUUUAUUGUACUUGAACCUCUGAUGGUGCCAAGGAAAGUGUGAUAUUUUUGUGGAGAUGUAGAUGUCGAAGAGUACUUUCUCUGCAUAAUUAACACCAGGUUUAAGUGUUAGCUGCGUGAUAAAGACAUGCUUCCAGCAAAGAGGGUUUGGUGAGAAGGUACUGUGUGGAUAGUACCGUAAAUGGCAUGGAAGUGUGUUCUUGUUUCCGCUAAAUAUAUGUUUUACUGUAUGAUCAAUGAAAUGAAAGCAUGGAUUUCUUGUGAAAUAUGUACGGAAUAAAUUCCUGGCAAGGU